CCACCCAAGUAGUCAAAAUGUACUCCUUAGUCUGUCGUAAUUUUAUUAUCGCGAUGUUAAGCGUCUCAGUCGUUUCUAUAGAAGCAACACCACGAAGAAACCCGCGAUAUCGUCCGCCAAAGCCUCGCUUCGAAGUGUUCAAUCCGAAAGGUCUAAUCGUAUGGAUUCCUGCCGAAGCAGGCAUUACUCUUUUUACGUUUCAUGCCAAGUUGAAUAAACGCUUCGAAGAUGAGUACGACUUCGGUCGGUGGACCAAAUCAAUUGUUCAGCCUCGCAACGGUCGAUUUUCGUUCGUAGAUCGGAAAGCGGAACUGCAGCCGGGAGAUGUUAUCUACUACAAAACUGCAGUUACGCACAACGGUGUGACGUAUCGUGAGAACUACGGAAGCUAUGAAAUCACUAGGUUUACAGGAAAUACCCCAGGAAGUGAUAAUGGAGUGGCGGGUGGUCGAAAAACUACCACCCUACCGCCGUUCGUGUACAAGAAUAACGAACGGAGAACGAAGGGAGUGGAUCAGGACACGUAUAUCCCCAUGGGCCCUUUCGACUUUGAAUCUAAGGAGCUCGCAUCCCCUCCAGUGAUAAGGACUAGAACGAUUUCAACGCAAACCAGUGAGGAAGAGUUGGACUAUAAAGAGUGUGAUAGAGCUCGAACUCAAGUGAAUGGUAGGAAAGUGUGCAGUGGGAGGUUGAUCUUUGAAGAAACGUUUGAUUCCAAAGAGCUGGAUGGGCAAAAGUGGCGAAUAGAAAACCGAUUUGCGUCGGAUCCGGAUAAUGAAUUUGUGGUUUACGCGGACUUUAAAGAAAACAUACAAAUCCGAAAUGGAAAGUUAAACAUCAGACCAUCGUUGUUCGAGAGCAAGUUUGGCCCGGGGUCAACCAAUACGAAGUUCAUGUUUGCUUCGGAAUGCACGGGUUUGUUGAAUUCUCGUGAUUGCAUUAGAGAUCGGAAGAUUGAUUUCGAUAUGAUUCCUCCGGUACUUUCGGCACAAAUAUCCACCUUCAACUCGUUUAAGUUUCGGUAUGGGAAAAUACUUAUUCGCGCAAAGCUCCCGAGAGGCGAUUGGAUUUUCCCGCAACUUUACCUGAAACCCAGUAACGAAUUCUACGGUCGGGACGAAUACGCAUCGGGGUUGAUGCGAGUAGCAUACGCUCCCGGUGGUCCCAAACUAAGGAAUCAACUUUCUGGAGGACUAAUUUUGAACCAUGCCGAACCUCUCCGUUGCUCCAAAAUGUGCACCCUAACCAGACCCGAUAGCUGGAGUGAUGGCUUUCACGUGUUUGGCCUUACGUGGAAUUCCGAUGGCCUGUAUAUGGAAGUUGAUGGAGAAGUGUACUGUCAUAUCGAUCCGGAAGAGGGGUUCUACAGCGAAGUCAAAGCAACGAAACCGCAAAUUGCGAACCUUUGGAAAUUGAGUGGCAAUCGGAUGGCUCCUUUUGAUAAGGAAUUCUUCAUCAGCGUUGGCGUCGGUGUAGGUGGUCAUUAUGAUUUCCAUUUGUUUCAAGAUAAACCGUGGAAGGACCUAUCCGUAAAGGCAAUGCACAUGUUUUGGAGCGCUCGUGGAAAUUGGUAUCCAACGUGGAACAGUAAUAGUACUUUACAGGUUGAUUAUGUCAAAGUGUAUGCAAUCUAAAGCGUGGAUCAUAUCUAAACAAUGGCUUUAUUGCUGUACGUUAGCUAGGGAAAAUGAAAAUUUUAAUAAUUAUGAGAGAGAAAGAAAAAAGCCUGGUGGGCUACAGUGCCGUUGCAGCCUGGCAUGUUGUAGGUCUUGGUCGAUGUUCCUACAGUUUCCAUGAGCGACUAGGAUCUUCAGGUGUGAUUCCACCGUGUGCAGACAGCGUAUCCGUUUCCUUGCACGAAGUUUCCGGCCUCUAUCCAGUUCUCUGUUGAAUAUUAUAUUGUGAUAUUAUAAGUAUAAGAUUUUUUACUAAUAAAAAUAAAUCAUA